UCCUACGAGCGCACACUGACACAACCAGGAGGACUUUAUAAACCACUUGGGAGGACUUUAAACUGUAUUAUUUCUAUCCCACGGGAGUAUAACCUGGUAUUUGGAUUAGUGUUGUGCUUGGGACAAUAUGGACAGUAACAUGAGGCAAAUUACAUUACUUAUGCUUGUAUUGGCGCUGGUUUCAUUUUUCACGACGUCUUGCGCCUCAGACGCGUUUCCAAAAGCAAAGAAUGUAUCCUGGUCUUCUGUAAACUUUAAAUCCAUGUUAACGUGGAGUCCAAAACCAACCAAUUAUUCCUACACUGUUGAGUUUUCUGAACUCAGCCAGGACAGAGAACGGACGCCACACUGCAUCAGGACGAUGGAUACCGAAUGUGACCUGACUGCAGUGUUAAAAAACCUGAAGGCCUAUUACAGCGCUGACGUCCUGUCUGAACCCAUGCGGGGCGUCUCCUCAGAUUUGGUCGAAUUCCCUCAUGUCAGCUCUGGGAAAUUCUCUCCUUAUCACGACACGGACAUUGGUAGACCGGAGUUUGAAAUAGAAGUAAGCAGCGACAAAAGAAUGACAAAGCUGCAUGUGAGGGACGUCCCGACGGCUCUGUUUGAUGAUCAGAAAAAGAGAUUAAAUAUUCGGGAUGUUUUCGGGGAUGACCUGCAGUAUAAGGUUAUCUACAGAAAGGCCAAGAGCACAGGAAAGAAAGAGAAGUUUAGUAAAAACAGCAUCAUCGAGAUGCCAGAUUUGGACCGAGGAGUGAGUUACUGUUUUAACGUUCAAGCUUAUCUACCUUCACGUGCUGCAAACAAACAAUUUGGAGAGCUCAGCAGCAUCCACUGCUCUACAGAGGAAAACACAUCCGUCUUUGAAGAAUACAGCACGAGUGUCAUCGCUGGAGUUAUUGUUUUCAUCCUUUUGGCAAUAAUAGUCAUCGUUUUUGUCAUCGUGAUGUGCUGCAGACGAAGGAGGAGACCGGGAAAGGAUUAGCAUUGAAUGGUCUUUGAGGAGUGCACAUGCCCUGUUUGGUACGUCUAAAUUAAUAUAAAGGGAGGAUGGCUGUUCCGUUCCACUACCGAAAUACUGUUUCUGUGAAACCUCAAAAUGUAGAUAUGUUAGACAUAUAAUUUAGCAAGACGAGAGCUUUUUACUGUCAGGGUGGUGGGUUCUUUAGUCUGGCACUGAACUGUACUGUAUAAAUGUUUUUGUUUCUGUGUACAUACACAGUUGAAGUCAGAAUUAUUCUGCCUCCUGUGAAUUUUUUUUUCUUUUUCAAAUAUUUCUCAAAUUAAGUUUAACAGAGCAAGGAAUUUUUGAUGGUAUUUCCUAAUAUAUUUUUUCUUCUGAAGAAAGUCUUACUUGUUUUAUUUCAGCUAGAAGGAAAGCAGUUUUUAUUUUUCUAUAAAGAAUUUUAAGGUCAAUAUUAUUACCCCCUCUUAAGCAAAAAUUGUUUUAGAUUGUCUACAGAACAAACCAUCGUUAUACAAUGACUUGCCUAAUUAGUUCUACUUGCCUAAUUAACCUUGUUAAGCCUUUAAAUGUCACUUUAAGCUGAAUACUGGAUUCUUAAAAAAUAUCUAGUAAAAUAUUCUGUAGUCAUCAUGACAAAGAUAAAAGAAAUCUGUUAUUAGACAUUAGUUAUUAAACUAUUAUGUUUAGAAAUGUGUUGAAAAAAUCUUUCCGUUAUGUGUAGUGAAGGGGG